AUGGAUACUUCAGAAACCAAGCCCAAAGCUCAACGUCGUGAUUGCAAAGAUGUCCGAGCGGAGCGGAAACGGGAGCUCGACCGUCUGGCGCAGCGGGCGACCCGGGAGAGGACCAAGAACCGGAUUGCUUUCUUGGAGCAGAAAUUGGCCAGUCUGGAAUCGUGCGACCAGGAGUCGACUAUUGGUCAACUCACAAAGACGAUUGAUGACCUUCGAAAGGACAACAUGAGAUUGCAAGCCGCUAUGCUAAAAAUGAGAUUCGCCAUCAGUGAAGCGCUAGAUGGCACUGAAAACCUUGCUCCAGCAUCUACCACGCCACAAUGUGCUUGUGGGAAGCCCAGUUGCUCGUGCAAGGUCAUCAAGACGCAAAGCACGACCAGUGACACGCCGUCAGCCGACGAAGACGUUGUCGAAAUGGCAUCACACAACGAGGUGCAUGUUCCCGUCGCCGGUGCAGUUCUUGGAAUGUGGCCUAGUGCCAACAACACGGCCACGAUCGAGGAGUUCCUCGGCUUCCAACCCAACAGCAUAAUCCCUCCAGACUUCGCGCAGCCACAAUCAAAUCCCAAUCUCCUCGUGUCGCCCUGGCCCGGUAUCAUCCCCACGCCGAAACACUCCAACAUGUCAUCGCCAUCACCUUACAACUUCAUACAUCCCUCACCACACUCUCGCCUAGCCAUCGCCGGCGAUGUCGAAAAAUGGCACGUCUCCAAUGGCGCGCUCACAACCGCCAUGUCCGCCGUCCGCAACCACCUCGCCACCAACGACACCCUCGACCUCCACGUCCCCUUCCGCGCCGGCCUUUGGGGCUGGGACUCAAUCCCCGCCUCCGAACAAUCCCAUCCAGUCUGGAGCGCUCUUCGCGCCGUCGACCAGAAAGUCUUCGGAACAUGGGAGUCCAGAGCCGCCCGUAUCGCGGUCAUGUACAACUGCCAAACCCUACUCGCCUACCGCGAGUCUCCCACCAAGGACAACCUCGCCCGCGUACCCAAAUACCUCCUACCACGACCCUCACAACAACGCAUCCAACACCCUGCGGUAAUCGACUACCUCUGCUGGCCCGGCCUGCGCGACCGACUCGUCUUCGAGCACGAGAAAUACACCGCCACGGGUGAAUUCUCUGCCGCAUUCGUGAAAUACGCGCAUUUCGACUGGCCGUACACAGACGACGAGAUCUUGCUGCCGGAUGUCGCUACGGGUGAGUGGCGGGUGAGCGAACGGUUCCUAGAGAAGUGUUAUGACUACCGGGCGUGGACUAUGCUGCCGGGGUUCUUCGAGCUGUAUCCGGAGAUGGUGCAUGACAUUGCUAUGUGGGAGGGUGAGGUGGUGAGUAGGCCGAUCAAGCCGCCCAAGCCUGGGGAUUUGGGUCAUGGUCAUGGUGAUGGUGGCAUGGUCGGCGGUGAUGCUGAGGCUAACAUGUCCUGGCAUCCAGUUGGUCAAUGA